AUGGGUGUCUGCUGCUCUAGGCGCAAUAAUGAAGAUGAUAAUAAGUUUCGUUAUAUUGAUGGUAGACGAUAUCAUAGUAUCUCUGAUUCAGAAUAUAUGUUGGCAAAUGACGAUGAGGAGGCUGAUCGUUUGGUACGAUAUCACGAAGCUUCGAAAGAGAUUUGGGGCGGAUUAUAUUAUUCACCUGUUGAAAAGAAAUUGAAACAGGGAGCUAAAGUGAUUGACGUUGGAUGUGGAACAGGAACAUGGCUUUUGGAUAUGGCGCAAAAAUAUCCCAACUCUGAUUUUGUAGGAAUAGAUUUCUCACCAAUUUUUCCAACAGAAGGUCUUCCAGUGAACUUGAAAUUCAUCAAUUGUAAUUUUCUGGAUGGUUCACCUUUCGAAGACUCCUAUUUUGAUUUUACACACCAAAAAUUUAUGUCUGCAGCUUACACAGAUGUGCAAUGGGAAAAAAAAGUUAUUCCUGAAAUGAUACGAAUAACCAAAUCAGGCGGGUGGAUUGAAUUCACGGAAGCUUAUGUCUUUACGUCCACUGGAAAUGCUACACGACUGAUCGAUUACUUUAAGUCAAAAGAUUUGCAUUUCCAAACUGACAAAUCUUUAUCUCAAUUUCUAAAAAACACCAAUGCUUUCUCAGAGAUUAAAAGUGAGAUAAAAACUAUUACUAUGGGUCAAAGAGGCGGUAAAUCUGGUCAAGAGUCAAUAAAAUUUUAUGUAAGAGGUAUAAGCACAGCUAGGACUGUUUUCGCUUCUUUCAUGAAUAUUACACCUGAACAUUUCGAUGCUCUUCUAGAAACAGUCUUUAUCGAAGCAGAGAAAUGUAACACAUAUGGUGACCAAUAUCGAAUUUACGGUCGCAAGCUUUAA